CUGGCGGAGGGGAUCAAGGCUUUCGGGGCGCCCGAGAACGCGCAGCGGAUGGAGGAGGCCCGGGACAACGCCUGCAAUGACAUGGGCAAGAUGCUGCAGUUCCUGCUGCCCGUGGCCACCCAGAUCCAGCAGGACGUGAUCAAAGCUUACGGCUUCAGCAACGACGGUGAAGGGGUCCUGAAGUUUGCCCGACUGAUCAAGUCCUACGAGUCGCAGGACCCAGAGAUCGCCAGCAUGUCGGGCAAGCUGAAGGCCAUGUUCCUGCCACCCAUGACGCUGCCGCCCCACGGGGCUGGGACCGGUGGAGUGGCAGCAUCUUGAGACCGUGGACCAUUCCUGCCCUGGCCAGGGCCACCCUCCCAAAGUGCAGGCCCUGUCAGCCCUAGGAAUGGGGUGAAUGACCAAGGGAGACACUGACCUGAGAGGAACGGGCUGCUCUGUGUGUGCUUGUGUGUCUGCUCAUGAAUAAAAAGUGUCUGGAAA